CUGAGCCGAUGUGCAUUGCACUUUUUUUGUACAUAGGCUAUAUCACCUGAAAAUAAAAACGGUUUAAAAAUGCAUACUGCUAUUUGCUCCUUUUUACUCGGGAUUAGUUUAUUGCAUUAUGCUUUCCUUUCAUUCCUUUUUUAUUAUUAUUUGUUUGCUUGCGUCGGCAGGUUUCAUAUUGUCGUAGGCAUAGGCUAAUAACGUCUUUUAAAUUAUUAUUAUUUUAUUUUUUGGCAAGCAUAAUUUAUAUAAAAACGAUAUAUUAUUGGAAUCCGUUUAUGGUCAUUGGUUUUGCCGAGUAAAACGUACAACAACAGAAUUGGGCCUAUAAUAAUAAGUAUCAAUAAUAAAAAUACUUAUUAGACUAUAUUAUUAAAUUGCUAUGUUCUAUUUCUAAUAGUAGCCUUUUUGUGUUAAUAAAAGCUCAAAAUUAAGUGGCAUUUUUAUCACUUUGAAUGUCAUAUCGAUGUCUUUUCAAAUGAGUAGAUUAAUAUAAUUUUACAAAUGUAAUGUUGCAAUUGCCAAAUAGUAUAUUUCCAUAUGCAUAGUAUUCUUUGCGGAUUUAAUACGGCACAUCUAAGGCUUCUGUUUGGCUGCGACGCAUAUUUUGUAUAUUUUUCUGGACGGAUUUUUCUGAUAUUUGCAAAUAAAGAAGAUUCUGGAAAAUCAAUUCAAAGACUUUAUAUCUAUUAAGAACAUUCUUUCUUUUGCACUUUUAUGCUACUGAUUAUGGUAAUAUGCGAGCAGUAGCUGCUUGCUGCUAACCAUGAAGUGAAAAUUCAGCUGACCAUAGCUUCUCGUGUAAGUCCAGGUCGUCAUGAACACUGUAGCCUAAUGUAACUAUUUUAUCUCAUUGGUUAAAAAUUCAAAACUAAAAACCGCAUUGUUACCAAGUAGAGAACACGCGUUACGUGCAGUAUUAUAAACAGGCCGUUCCUACCAUAGACUAUCUAAUUCCUCUCGGUUUGUUAUAGUGUGUAUAUAUUGUAUAUUAUUGUAGUUACAGAUUGAAUUCAAAUAUUUCUGGUAAUGACUCCGAUCCACGAUGUUUAUCUCCAGAAAGGAUCGAAUGCACUCGAAACAAUCAACUGGAUGGUGCUUUAAAUCUCUGAACAAAUUCAGAGAUCGUAUAUGUAUAUUUAUUUAUUUAUCAUUUUUAGACUUUUACGUUUUGCAAAUAUUUGUUUACUUUUAAAUCGUGGCUCAGCGAUUGUUUUCUGCAGGAGAAGAUUAGAAACAAAGCGAUCUUUUUUAUGCCUACACAAAUUCCAUUGAUUUUUUUUUUUUUUUUUUUUUUAUGUCCAAACGGUCACGUGCGCACCUUUACCCAAUCAACUGGCGGUUUUCUCUCAACUUAUUAGCUGACUGGUGCUUUGUGAGGGGGAAGUUGUGCCCAUUGCCUCUCCGUUUUCACAGAUUGUUAUUUUGUGAGCGUGUUGCCGUAUGUGUGUGUUGGUGUUUUUGUGUGUGUGUGUGUACGAAUGAGAGCGCAUCCUGGCCAUGUCGACAUCCGGAGCUCUGACAGGAUAUUAUGUUGACUCUCUUGUUAUGCCGGACACCGAGGAGGCUCGCUUCUCCUCGGGUUCGGGACUCAUUCAGCACAGGCCCUCCGUUCUACCCACAGACCGCGCAGAGCUCGGUCCCUGCACGUUCCCGGCAAAGCAACCCGUUUAUGGCGGCUCGGGCUGGAGCCACGUCCCAACGCAUUACUCCAGUGGCGUGCCGUCGGUGUAUCAGCCUCACGCGCAACCUCCGGUAGCCGGGGAUUACGUGCAGUCUUGGCUUUUGGACUCUGCGUGUGGGCUGCCGCUCAGCGAGGUACCGAUGAUCCAUCAUCACUAUAACGCCAAACCCGAUAUAAACAGAACGGGUGAUAACUGCACGGAGGCCGGUUCGCACGCGGCGCUCUCGUCCGGAGACUUCUCUAACGGAGGACGUUCUGCCGACACUGAGGCGGUUUCUGGCCGGACUGCUGACAAGGGAGGCGAUGCCGAAGAGAAAGCGGGCGCUGAUCCAGACAACCCCGUGUCCAACUGGCUUCACGCGAGCUCGACGCGUAAAAAACGAUGCCCUUAUACUAAGCACCAGAUCCUCGAGCUGGAGAAAGAGUUUUUAUUUAAUACGUACCUCACGCGCGACCGGCGGUACGAGGUCGCCCGGCUACUGAACCUCACGGAGAGACAGGUCAAAAUUUGGUUCCAAAACCGCAGGAUGAAGAUGAAAAAAUUAAACAAAGACGGAACGAAGGACGACUAAGAACGAAGCACGUCGUGUAGGUGAGGGGUGUGAGGAAAUCCAUCCUUUUGCUCAAAUCACGUCGUGGGAUUUUUGUGUUAUUCAAACAUUUUCUUAAAGCAUGCUGGGAUCCAAUACAUUGAUUUAUUGGAUUAGGCAAUUUUUUUUUCAUAAGUGGUUCCAUUUUAAUAAAAACGGCACAAAUCUAUUUUUCAGAUGUAUGUUUAAAUAGUCGCUGACACAGUAUUCUUUAAAAGUCUGUAUUGCAUUUGGACCAAAUUAAUUAGUAAUGAAUGACCAUGUCUGAUAUGUAUCCUGUUCCUCGUCAAUUGUAUUUACUAGGCCUGUACCAGUGUUUAUGUCGGGCCGAAAAUUAACAUUUUCUUAUGUUCUGUAGCGUUUUCUAAAUUAUCUCUAGAAAAAAAUGAGCCCAUGUUUAAGUUAAUACACUUGAGUAGCCUACAUGAGAUCAUGUACUCCUAGAAAUGACUUACUUUCGUAUGUGUCCUUAGCAAAUUGUUUUGUAUUGACAAUUGUGAUAUCACAACUACCUAAUCACCGCUACCUACCUGUUUGUUUUGAACUGACCAAAAUCUUCACGCCGUAUCCGCCGGAUUUGGGUGAAGUCCGCAAACUUCAGGGAACACGUAAAAAAAAAAAUACUGAGAUGUAGAAAAGCACUGUAGGCAACAUUUCAAAUACCUCAUGGUCUGUUGGCCGUCACACAUUGUUAGUUUACUUAGUUUUUUUUGUUUUGUUUACUUGCAUUUCUCAGAUGUAACUUGUGAUUUUAUUUAUUGAAUAAAAACAUUUCAUAUCUCCGAA